UAUCGGCAUUCCUGAGAAGCUUUCAACAUACUCAUUGCGCUGCCCACACAGAAGACCUGCACAUCUGUCCCACAAUCUCAAAGGACUUUCAUUUGUCUUCUCAAAGAAACUUUAGGAUACUUCUUAUUGCAUGUGGAAUUAGCAGUUAAAGAAAGGAGCAAUUUUAUGUUUCAAGAGAAUAGAGCCAGAAAGGAGCGAGUCUGCAGUCGAUGUUAUUGGUUGACAUUCACCAACAGCCUGUGAAGAGACUCUUACCUUCAAGAACAGGAAUUGAUUGGCUCGUUAUGUCCGGGUGGUGAAAACCAGAAUGGAUGGUUGGAAGGAAGGGGUUUAAAUGGCCAACAAGGUAGCAUUCCUCAGCUUCAAUACAGAUGGGACAAGGCAGAAGAACGCUUCAGAGUUGGCCAGCACUGUUGCAGAGUUUAUGGAAGAACAAAAACACAACGGAAAUCAACAGACUCACUAUAGCAGAAUCCAGACGUUACCAUGCACUGCUGAUGUGAGCUCAUCUUUGUUCAGUUUCUCUGAUGGAGCUGAAAGUGUGGGUGGACGGGGUGGUACGAGUGGUUUGUGGCUUAUCAGAGGAGACAUCAUGCCAGGAUGUGGUCAUUGCACUCGCCCAAGCCAUUGGUCAGACGGGUCGAUAUGUUCUCAUUCAGAGGCUGAGGGACACUGAGCGCCAACUUCUGGCCAAUGAGUGUCCACUGGAGUCCCUGGCCAAACUUGGCCAGCACAGCAAUGAGGUGCAGUUCUUCCUGCGGCGGACCGGCCCAAGCAGCAGUGAAGAAAAUAAUCUGCACAACCAGACUCUCCCGCUUAAGCCCUCUCAAUCAGAACCUAAACGAGGAUUGCCAAAAAAGUCCUUCACCUUCAACCUAGGCCCUUCCAGUUCUCUUUGUACGAAAUCUAAAGACUCUCGUAAAACGCCAUCUCCUGAGCAAAGGGCAUCCCCAAUUCUUCACGCCGCAUACCUGCCCGGACCAUCCAAAGAGGAGGUGUUCCGACAUGUUCUCCAGCAGCAGGAGCAGCUACGUGCCUUGGAGUCCCAGGUGGUGACCUUAGAGAGGGAAUGCAAGGCUUGGGAACGGUCAUCUUCUGAUGAGUCAUCCCUGCAGGCAGAAAUGGAUGUUCUUGAGAAAACACUUUGGAAGAAUCAGCAAGAGCUGGUGGAAGAGGUGUUCUGGGAGGAGGAGCUAAGGAUAGAGACUGAACGGGAGCGGGGGAUGAAGCGGCGGUUAGGAGAACUGCAUGCUAAACUGGAUGAUUGCGGACAAAAGUUGCACGAAUUCAACACUCGUGCCAUGCAACUUGAGAAGGACCUUCAGAAAGAAAGGCUGGAGGCGGAGGUAUCGCCCAGCAAAGCUGAUUCAAAAGACUCUUUGGGGUUAGUCAAGGCAGAGCUUCAGAGUCGGCAAAAACACGGGGAGGAGUUGGAGAUGGAACUUCUAAAUUUCGAGAAGGCUCUGGGGAGGGCGGAAACUCUGCUGAAGGCCAAGCAGGAGGAGGUGGAAGAGUUGAAUAAGGAGCUGAGACAGUGUAAUUUACAGCAGUUUAUCCAGCAGGCUGGAGCCCUGCCUACCCACACUCAAUCUCGUACAGACCUCAGUGAACAUCCAGAACUGGAUCUGAUUCAACUACUACAGGACAAACACAGAGACAAUGAUUUGCCCACACGUUCCACCGCCAAGCAGUUCCUGGGUCACCCGCGCAACCUGCAGCACCCCCUGGUGUCCAGCCUGAACCCUGAGGUCCUGACAUCCAGGGAAUCGUCUUGGCGGUAAAAACCUGCAGCACAGGGCUGAGGAUUUGUAAUGACUUCAUUCUAUAUUAUUCAACCCCUCUGUCUUAAUUAACUGGCAUCAAUAUAACCGUGUAUGUUAUACACCGAUCAGCCACAACAUUAAAACCACCUGCCUAAUAUUGUGUAGGUCCCCCUUGUC